UACGACGAUUGAACCAGUCUAUGCAAAUGUUACGUUGCAGUGUUUGCACAGUUUAUGUUUUGAGUUAAAUUUCAGCUAUGACUGUUGAUGCAGGGAAGGGGUUUACCCUUCCAUCAGGACCAUCCAAUUUAUGUUUUGACAAAGAAGAAUUUAUGAAAACGGAGUUCCACGUGGAUAAGUUUGUUGUCGAGUGUCGUCGCCACGUGCAGCUCGAAAGUUUACGAGACGACCUCAAUAUCUACCUGAAGAUUCUCAAGAGCGCCAUGAUUGAACUCAUCAACAAGGACUACGCAGACUUCGUCAACCUGUCAACCAACUUGGUUGGCAUGGACAAGGCUAUCAGCAGUCUGACAGUUCCGCUCGGACAACUCAAGGAAGAAGUUCUCAAUGUUCAGACCGCGAUGGACGAAGCGAUAGCAGCUGUUGAAGAGAAACUCAAACAUCAACAAGAGAUCCAGAAUAACAAGGCAUGUCUACAGCGUCUGUUGAACAUCACUCAGUCUGUGGAGAAGAUUGAACACCUGCUGGGAAUCAAGACAUCCUCUCAGUCCACCUCACAGUCACCGGGCCAGCUGAGUGGUCAGUUGAUUGAGAGAGUGGCGACCGAGUUCAACAAACUACAGUUCUACGUGACCAAGAGUCGCGGGUUGCCUCUUGUCGAGAAGAUCAAACCGAGGAUAGCGAUGAUCACCACCACUCUACAGUACAGUCUGGAGGGCUCGUUUCUGGAAGGACUAGAGACGAAUAAUGUGGACAUUCUGCGUCAGUGUCUGAGGACGUACGCACUAAUCGACAAGACUCGCGACGCGGAGACACUGUUCAGACAACACGUGGUGAAGCCCUACCUCGAGGAGGUAAUAACAGAAGAGUUUAUUCGAUCAGGCAGCCAGGGUCUACGUGGAAUGUUUGCCAAAGUUGUUGAAUUUAUUCCCAAGAAGUGCAAGGUCCUCAAAGACGUCACCAGUGGUGGAUCAGGGACAACGGAGGUUGUGCGUGGCUACGAUUUCCUCGUCAACUCAGUCUGGCCAGAAAUUGUCAGCAACUUGGAAGCCAGAACACCGUCCAUUUUUGCACCUGGAAAUCCAGACAUAUUUCAUGAGAAAUACCUGCUGAGUAUGGAGUUCCUGGCGAGGUUUGAGAGAAUGUGUGGCUCCCAGGCGAGCGUGAAGCGACUGCGAGACCACGCCAGCUACCAAACGUUCAUGACCAAGUGGAGUCUGCCUGUGUACUUCCAAAUCAGAUUUCAAGAGAUUGCUGGAGCGUUUGAAUUUUCACUUAUUACAGGCUUAAAUAAUGCAGAUUCGUCAAGUGAGUUUCAGUUGCUCUGCACAUCCAUCUUGUGGGAGAUGCUGGGGCGGGGCUGGGCUGGCGAUGUUUUCCUCCCAUCCCUGGUGCACCGGUUCUGGAAACUCGAUCUACAGCUGCUCUCUCGAUACACGACGUGGCUUGAUGAGAUAUACGAGGAAGAGAACACUAGAAGAAAGGACCAGACAGGAGACAAACACACGAAGCCAGUCAGUGGUGGUGGCAAUGGAGAACCAGUGAGGUCUUUCUCUCCUCACCCACCGGAGAGUUCGGCAAAUCCACCAAUCACAAUUGGGCAGAUCGUUUGUUUAAUAUGUGAUUCAGAAAAACUAACACAAAUGCUUCCAGGUCUGUUUGACACGACCGUGUUGCCACGGCUACAAGAGGCUAAUGUCCAGGAUGCUGCUACAUUGAAAGACUGCCUGGAUGACUGUAAGACUGCGAUAGAGGCACGACUGCCCAAGUUUCAGCAGUUCAUCGUAGGAGACAUCAUCACCCAGUGUUCCGUUUACCUGAAGCAAGUCAGCGACAUACCCAGGCUGUACCGCAGAACCAACAGAGAGGUGCCAAGCAAGCCGUCGACGUACGCGGGAAACCUGCUGAAACCGCUGCGGCUGUUUGUGGACGAACACCGCGCGACGCUGGGUGACAAGCAGAGACACGACCUGCUGGUGCACGUCUUCACUACCAUCGCACAACAAUACUAUGACGUGACAUGUGAAGUUCUGACGUCCGUCAAGAAGAUGGAGGAUAGUCUGAAGAGACUGAAGAAGGCGCGGGGAAGCGACAAGUCGUCGGGCGGGACGCACGGGAUGACCGACGAUGACAAAAUCAGACAGCAGCUCUGUGUGGAUGUGGCUACAUUUGGAAAAGAGGUUGAAUCUUUUGGUGUGUCCCCUGCACUGGUCCCUGGAUUAAAGAACUUGCAAGAGCUGGCAGAAGAAGCUAAAGCAACGAUAUCGUCGUAGAGCCCACAACCAGCAGUCUACCGAGAAAGAGACCAGUUACAUAAUAAACUGAUUUAUAAGUUAAAAUCUCAGCAGUCAUUCAGUGAGAGUCCAGUAAUCUGCAAGGAAGGAUAACUUUUCAUCUAAGAGUUGGGUUCUUGGUUGUUAAUAUAUUGGAAAUAUUUUCACAAAUGUUUGUAUAUUUUAUGUAUAUUUUGUUUGUUGUUAAAUACAAUAAAGAAUGGGAAUAUU